UCCUUCACGAGACUUCACCCCAUACCUUAAUUGUCUUGGAGUUUGUGAGAAAGAGCGCAGGAAUGGCUGCGGUGAAGGUAUUCUGUCCGGCGAUCUCAACCGCGUCGAUCCGUGUGAUUCUGUGCCUUGAGGAGGUCGGGGCGGAAUAUGAGCGCGUCAACAUCGACAUGGCCACCGGCGAGCACAAGUCCCCUGCUCACGUCGCCAAAAAUCCAUUUGGUCAAGUGCCAGCUUUCCAAGACGGGGAUCUCGUUCUUUUUGAAUUGAGAGCGAUCGGACGGUACGUUCUUCGCAAGUUCAAAGCCUCCGACGUUGACCUGCUACACGGGAGUAGCUUGGAGGAGUCAGCCAUGAUAGACGUGUGGUUGGAAGUGGAGGCUCAGCAGUACGACAAGGCCAUCGGCCCCAUCUUCUACCAGGCUGUGAUUAUCCCCCGCUUCUACGGUGGUACGACGGACGAGAAGGUGGUGGAGGAGAACUUGGUGAAGCUGGCGAAGGUGCUCGACGUUUACGAAGCCCGUCUGUCCCAGACCAAGUACCUCGCCGGAGACUUCUUCAGCUUCGCCGAUCUCAGCCACUAUCCCGUCACCCACUUCGCUAUCAAAAUCCCUCAAGUGGCCGCCCUGUUCGAUGCGCGCCCCCACGUGAAAGCCUGGUGGGAGAGCUUGGAGUCGCGUCCGGCCUCCAAGAAAGUGCCCGCCGGACUCCCUCAGUGAUCAUGGCAGUCGCUUCUAGUCCUUUCUUCCAAUAAUAAUUCCAAUGCUCUGCAACGCUUUGAUGUGCGUGCUGCGUGCAUUUGUGAUCUCACUCCUCGUUUUCUUUUAUUUUUAGAGUAUGGAUCUUGAUCGUGAAAUUGAUUUCUUUAGUUGUUGUUCAAGUUUGUUUGGAGCAUUUGAUUGUGCACAAGUUUGAGAUCUUUGCUUAAAUUAAAGUGUCAAAGUUUACUAUUCUCCAAUAA